AUGGAGCAUCACAACACAGUAGAAGAAGCAAAAAUAAUGUGUCCUCACGUUCUCCUCUUCCCUCUUCCAAUACAAAGCCCUAUCAAUUCCAUGCUUCAACUUGCUGAGCUUUUUUGCCUCGCCGAUUUACAAGUUACUUUCCUCAACACGAAUCACAAUCAACAGCUUCUCUAUCGUCACACCAACGUCGAAUCAAGAUUCAAGCAAUAUCCCAAAUUUCAAUUCCGGACAAUUUCCGAUGGUCUUCCCAAGGAUCAUCCCCGGUCGUCUCUUCUGUUUGGAGAGCUUAUUACUUCCUUGCAAGCUGCGGCAGAGCCUUUUCUUAGAGAAAUAUUAACAGAGUCCGGUGUCACGUGUGUUAUACCUGAUGGAUUAUUUUAUUAUGCAGUGGAUAUUUGUAAUGAGGUUGGAGUUUCUGUUAUUUCCUUUGAUACUAUUAGUCCUUGUUGCCUAUGGGUUUACCUCUGUUUCCCCAAACUCAUUCAAUCUGGAGAUAUUCCCUUCAAAGGAAAUGACUUGGACGUAUUGAUAGAAAAUGUACCUGGCAUGGAAGAUCUUCUACGGCGUCGUGAUUUUCCAUUCUAUCGCCUCACAAAUUGUGCAACGGACCUCUAUUGCCAACUUGCUCUCAAGGAAAUCCAAAGUAUACCUCGAUCCCAUGGACUCAUAUUAAAUACAUUUGAAGAUUUAGACGGUCCGUUACUCUCUCUUAUUCGCUCUCAUUGUCCACAAACGUAUGCGGUUGGACCACUACACUUGCAACUCAAAACUAGGCUUGCUGAUAAAACAAUGUCCUCUUCGAAUAGUUUGUGGGAAGAAGAUCACAGUUCAAUUCAAUGGCUCGAUGCACAGCCCAUAGAAUCAGUAAUCUAUGUAAGUUUUGGAAGUCUUGCAACUUUGACAAAGAAGGAAAUUUUGGAGUUUUGGCAUGGAUUAGUAAAUAGUGGAAUCAGAUUUUUGUGGGUCAUGAGGUCCGACUUAUUGAGGGAAGAAGAGUUUAGCCACCAAUUUGUGAAGGAGCUAACAGAUGGUUGCGAAGAAAGAGCUUACAUAGUGAGUUGGGCUCCACAAGAGAAAGUACUAUCCCACCCAGCUAUUGGUGGAUUUUUAACUCACAGUGGAUGGAACUCGACCAUGGAAAGUAUUGUUGAAAGAAAGCCUAUGAUCUGUUGGGCUGUUUAUGUGGACCAACGAGUCACUAGUAGAUUUGUGGGUGAGGUGUGGAAAAUUGGGUUGGACAUGAAAGACAUUUGUGACAGAUACAUUAUUGAGAAGGUGGUGAAAGAAUUGAUGGUAACAAAUAAGGAUAAGUUGAAGAAAUCGGUUGACAAGUUAUCUAUGUUGGCAAAAAUUAGUGUUGGAGAAGGAGGUUCAUCGUACAAUGCUUUUGAAUAUCUCGUCGAUGACAUUAAAAAGUUAGGAAGAAAGGAUAUCAAUCCUAACUGCACAUGGAAUAAGGUUGCAAGAAGGGUGAAAUCUGCUGUUCAUAUGAGCGCACAGGACCGGCUGGAGUGCCUUAUGUUGAGCCGAAGAUUGUCUUCAGAUUUGUCGAUUCCAAAGCCAAGUAAUGGAGCUGUGGUUCAGCUGAAGAUGAAGCUGCCUAGAGGUGAAGGUCGAAUUUAG